GCCGAGAAAAUUGCCAUGCUGGUGAAGGCCUUGAACAUCACAGUCGAGUCAUAUAGGCCAAGACUUUUUGCUAAGCUUAGCGAGAUGAACAUCAAGGAUCUCGUCAGUUGCGGCGCGUCGCGUUUGCUACUCCUGUCGAUUGUGCUGCUACCUCUGCUGUUCAUAUUAAAGAGAAGAAGAAGGAUGAGAGUGAUGAUUACAUGGGCUUCAGCUUUUUCGAUUAAGAGCCAAGUUUUUGGUAACCCGCAUGCCAUCAUCAGGAAGUAUGGUUUGAUGUGCUGCAGAGAAUGCUUCUGCACCAACGCCAAGGAUAUCGGCUUCGUCAAG